AUGAAUAGAAAUGCACAUAAGGAGGAAAACACAUGCUGCUAUUUCCAUCCAAAACAAGUAGUUGUUGGUGUGUGUCCCUUGUGCUUGAAUGAGAGGCUCCUCAUACUUGCUGCAAAACAAGACCAUCACCAUCAUCAUCAUCACCAUCACAGGCUUCAAAGUUCCACUCAGAGGAAGCCUUCAGCUUCUAUUCACAAGAUCUUAACUUUUGGUUCUCUCUUCACUCGCCACCAAUUCAAAUCUCGCUACUAUGAUCAAGAUGAUGCCUCUCCCAGCCCAGAAGGAAAGACCUUAUUUUACCCAUUGCUUCAUAUUUCUAUUUUUGAAGAAAAUGGAGUGGCUUCAUGGGAAAAGAGCACCCUAUCCAACAUGUCUAGUAAGGUAUGUGUAGAGGACAAGGUCCUAGACAAGGACGCGAAGGAGAACAAGAGCGUGAUAGAGCAUGGAAAGUCAAACAACGCGUUUCGAUGGAGAAAGCGUAUGGGCCGUUUGGUCCACUUCAUCCAAUGGAAGAGGUCCAAUAAGGGUGGUGUGGGCCAUGUUGGUACCAAGGUUGAAGGAGUAAAGGUUAGAAAGGGUUGGAUGAGAACUUUGACAAAGAGGAAGACCGUGGAAUAA